CCGCUGUCGGUAUGGGGCUUCCGUAUGUCCGCUCUCAUCAUCAACAUCAUCAUCAUCUCUCACACACACACACACACACACACACACACACACACACACACACAGCUGGAGACCGGAGUGUAUCAGAGCACCAUCUUCUACCGACAGAUAAAGAGGAAACAAUGGACUUUAUUUAUUUAUGAGAAGAUUAACGAUGGCUCCUGUGCACCAUACUCCAGCAGGAGAGAGGGAAUGAGAGGAACAGACAGACAGAUGGAGUGAUGGAUGGACAAGUGGACAGAUGAGUGGACGCCGAGUUUGAUUUAAGGUGUGCUCAUUUUUCUCACUAAAAAUGGCUGCCUCCUUCAUAAUAACAUGCAGGAGACAACAAAUAGGAUUUGUAAAUUAAUUCAGACUGGGACUGCACCUGUGCCGACACACACACACACACACACACUGUGUGGUCUCAGAUGAAGAAGGACGACAUGUGACCUGAAGGUAAGAAAUUUUCAUCUUAAUCGUCUCCACAGAGCGGACGGAGGCGGGUGAGUGUGAGGACUUUCUCACUGGCCAUAAGAUUCCAGUAUCUUUAGCAACAUUAGCAUCCUAUCUCCAUUUCAGAGCUAAUGAUGCAAGUCAGGAUGUGAGGACUAGAAAGAAUUAAUAAAAACAGGAAGCUGUGACCAUAUAAGGAAAGUGAAGGGGCGGGGACAGGAGGCGUUUGGGGUCAGUAGGAACAGUAUGAACCCAAACGCGACACAUGAUUGUUUUAUAUUUAUUUUGUAGAAAAUAUUUUAACAAUUUUACUUGUAAGAACUUAAGAAACAAUAUUUUGUUAGAAUUAAGAAUCAGUGGCUAAUCGCUACUUUACUGCUGGACUUCAGUUCACUAAAACACAACAGCUAGGUAAUUAAAGCUAACCAGCAAGUUAGCAUUACAGGCUGUCAGACUAGCCUUUAGCAUUAGCUAGGUAUGGUGAGGUUUGAUCAUGCUAGCCCAGGGGUGGGCAAACUUUUUGGCUCAGGGGCCACAUUGACUUUUAAAAUUUGACAGACGGGCCGGGCCAGCACCAGAUGCAUAUAUAUCAAACAUAAAUAUAUAAAAGGCAUUACAGUGUUAAUAUUUACAUUCACUUUUAGUGUUGCUGAUCACCCUUUUUUCCCAGUGCAUCGAAGUCUGGUGUUAGUUUUGUUGUGGCAAUUCUCAGAACAGAUCUGAGGUGUUCAUCACUCAACUGGGAUCUGUGGGGUGCUUUGUUGGUGUUCAUCACACUAAAAGUCUGUUCACACACAUAGAUAGAGCCAAACAACACCAGCAUCCUCUGUGCCAUCUUCUGGAUGUUUGGAAGUUUGGCUAAGUUUAAUGAAGCAUAAAACUCAUUCCGUUUAAGAGUUGAACAACUUCUUCUUUGAGAAACUCCCCUUUGGAGAAAGGCUUGCUGGUCUUUGCUAAUUUGAAUGCCAGCAAAUAACUUGCCUUCGUGCUCGAUUCUUGGAUGGCAGUUUGUCGGAUAAAGGUGUUUUGCUGAGCCUGCAAACUAGCUGCCAGCCUCUGAGCGGUAGCUGUUUGUUCUUGCGUUGACUGGUUGUUAACGUAAUUAGCAUGCUUGGUGGAAAAGUGAUGGCUGAUGUUGUAUUCCUUUAAAACCACAACGGUUUCUUGGCAAAUAAGACAUACAGCCUUUGACUGGACUUCAGUGAAAAAAUAUUUAGUUGUCCAUUCCUUAUUAAACAUUCGGCACUCACUGUCGACUUUUCUUUUCUUUGGCCCACUCAUUGUUGCAGAUGGGUUCAGAGCAGUAGCAGAGUAACAACAGAGAGUAGCCCGGGCUCCACAAAAUCAAGUCAAUGUAUCACCGCGCCUAAUGCGCCACCUGGUGGAACGCCAGGCAUUACAGGACAAGGUCAAAUGAAUGCAGUCAUAAUUAUGAUUUGAUUUGGACAAUUCUGUACCAAUCUUCGGCGGGCCUGAUUAAAAGGACCAAGGGGCCGGAUGUGGCCCGCGGGCCGUAGUUUGCCCACCCCUGUGCUAGCCUGUAAGUUGAUUCACUUCUAUGUGUAAAUGACUCCUCAAUUGAUUCACUUCUAUGUGUAAAUGACGUAUGUAGUUGUGGUGGUUAUCUCCAGCUCUGAUGCCAUGAUGGCGGCUGUGUCCCCGGCCGGUGUGGACGUGCCAUGUUCUCAGCGUUACUCCCGCUGUACCGGGCCGGAUGGCUCAGACGUAUUCACGGAUGAUGAAGGUGUCCCGGAGCAUAGGCUCACGCCGCUCGAGCGGCUCAACCUGGACAUGUGUCAGGACGAUAGAGUGGUGCGCGAGAUCACCAUCGGCCGUCGCAUCGGCUUCUACAAGAUCCGUGGAGAGAUCGGCUGUGGGAACUUCUCUCACGUCAAACUGGGGGUGCAUGCACUCACCAAAGAUAAAGUGGCCAUUAAGAUCCUGGACAAGACCAAGCUGGAUCAGAAGACCCAGAAGCUGCUGUCUCGCGAGAUCUCCAGCAUGGAGAAGCUCCACCAUCCCAACAUCAUCCGUCUGUAUGAGGUGGUGGAGACGCUGACGCGCCUGCACCUGGUGAUGGAGUAUGCUGGAGGGGGCGAGCUCUACACCAAAAUCACCAUGGAGGGAAAACUCUCCGACAUCGACAGCAAAAUCGUCUUCUCACAGAUCCUCUCCGCCGUCAAGCACAUGCAUGACAACAACAUCAUCCACCGUGACCUGAAGGCUGAGAACGUUUUCUUCUCCUGCAGCACGUGUGUGAAGGUGGGUGAUUUCGGCUUCAGCACUGUGAGUCGGCGUGACGAGACCCUCAGCACGUUGUGUGGUUCUCCGCCGUACGCAGCGCCGGAACUCUUCCGUGACGAGCGAUACGUGGGCGUGUACGUGGAUGUAUGGGCUCUGGGCGUGCUGCUGUUUUUCAUGGUCUCGGGCACCAUGCCAUUCCGCGCCGAUACCGUGGCUAAGCUGAAGCGUUGCAUCCUGGACGGAGCGUACACGGUGCCCGCGUGGAUUCCGGAGCCGUGUCGGCGACUGAUCCACAGCAUCCUGCAGCCACAGCCGUCCGAGCGCCGCAGCCUGGAGCAGAUGAUGAGCAGCGACUGGCUGCAGAACGUCGACUUCCCCAAAGCCACAGAGCCGUUUAAGCUGGACCCGCUGUACCUGGCGGAGGAGGAGGACCUGGAGGAGGACGAGUAUGAGGUGAGGGACGACCUGCGGGCACUCGGCAUCACCACCGAACACAUCCGCAACAACCAGGGCAAAGACUGCAGGAGCUCCGUCACCGGCGUCUACCGCAUCCUGCUGCACCGCGCACACCGCCGCCGGGCCUUUGAGAGCAUGCCGCUCGUCAUGCACGACGCCAGCCAGGCUAACCAGGCUAAGAAGGAGCGGCUAAAGGCCUACAGGGGCCUCAGACACACGUCCAAGCUCUGUGCCAUUUUGUGACGUCCUGAAAUAAACACACGAUUCUGCUGUUCUUUUUUCUGCAGCAGAUAAACUUCGACGACUGGAUUUUUUAUUUAUUUUUUAUAAUGAUGAAAUUUGUUAACGUUGCUAAGUAACAGCUGUCUCUGGAUCAACAAGUUGGCAAUAGAAAAUCACAAAUCUACUGCUAACGUUAGCAAAACAGGCUAAUGAUAAUGCAGCACCACAUUUACUAGCACAAUGUUGCUACGUCAUGCCAAACAAAAUAAAAGUACAAAUUUCUAUUAUUAUUAUUAUUAUUAUUAUUAUUAUCAUUAUUAUUAUCACUAUUAGCUAGCCAAUUUUACUAGCAGGCUAACUGACAUUAGUGUAACUGUUACACUGUCUAAGUAAAGCAGGCAUGUUUGUUAGCAAGCUAGCCUACAUCGGCUAGCUAUAGAAGACUAUCUGUGAGGAAUUUGUUAUACCACAAAAAAGAUUUUUAAGGUCAUAUUAACCAUUUCAGAUAAAAAUCAAAGCUUCCUGUUAUCAUAGCAUCAUUUCUUGGCUAAUCAGCUCCAUUCAUUUCUGGUUUUUUUUCUUCAUUUCAGUAGUUUUAAUAAUGUUUUGGAUUAGCUAGGUGAUGAGUGUUAGCCGGUUUUAGCUCCUGUUUCUCAGUCAGAACCUCUCAGCCUUGUGGUUUAUGAACUUAAAAAGUGCACUAGUAUAUUUUUGCUCUUACAGCAUGUUAGAGGAUCACUGCAGUUAUCUUUAAUACUUCAACCUGAACAUAACUACUGCUGAUUUCUAUUAAAGAAAAAGAAAGAAUGUGUGUGUCUGUGUGUGUGUGUGUGUGUGUGUGUGUGUGUGUGUGUGAGAGAG